GCUCGGAAAGACUGGACUUCAGAACUCGAACUUUGUCACCAGAGCAGCGCAUCCACAAACAACGUCGUCGCCCCCCAAAAAUUUAUGAAUUUGGAAGCGGAUUCGGGUUCGGAAUCAAUAGCGAACGACAACAACAAAAGGGGGGGCCAAAAAGUGGGUUUGCAACACGGCGGAUUGCACACAAUAAUUAGGUAAUUUGUAAGCGACGUUCACCUGGGCAAGGAAUGGCGGCGAUUGAGGAGCGUUUCCAGGCCGCAGUCAACGUGAUCAAGGGGCUGCCCAAGAAUGGACCCUAUCAACCCAGUACCAGCAUGAUGCUCAAGUUCUAUGGGCUGUUUAAACAGGCCACCGAAGGAGGCUGUGACCAGAAGAAGCCCGGCUUCUGGGACAUCGUGGGCAAGGCCAAGUGGGAUGCAUGGAAUGAUAACCGGCACUUGAGCAAAGAGCAGGCCAUGCAGCGUUAUGUGGAGAGCCUCCAGGAGAUCAUUGAAACCAUGUCGUUUACCGAGAAUGUUCAGAACUUUGUGGGCAGCCUGGAUGGACUGGGCAAUAUCAGCCUGGACGAACUGGAGCUCGUUUCUCCUGGCAUGCGGGAACUGGCCGAAUCGCAUCCCAAUUCGCCCUUCCAUUCGCGCACAAAUAGCCCGCAGCACGGUUCCAGUUGCAACAGCGAGGCGGAAGUCGUCGUUUCCGCCUCUGCCCCUUCGGAAACGAUAAAGGAGAAUGGCCACAGUUCGCCGCCGCCUCCUCUGCUGACCAAUGGCUAUGCGUCCAAGGCCUCCAACGCCCUCAACUACACGAACAACAGCAGCGUGGCCAUUGUGGAGCCCUCGGACGAUGAGUACGACGAUCCCUACGACCUCAGCCACGAGCUGACCCAGGCAAUAGCCCAGAAUACGGACUUGUUGCGUCAAAUCCAGGCGGCCAUCUCACGGAUGAACACCGAUGUGGGUGCAGUGCAGCAGCGAGUGCGCAGCCUGGAGCAGUCGCUCAACGAACUGCGCAGCGGCCAGAAGGCAGCGAAAGGAACGGUGGCACAGCAACGAUCGCUGCCCGCCUGGUGGCCCUUCAGGAACAUCUCCCCGCUCUGGUUCGCCGUCCUCAUCUUGUGGCCUUUCCUCGUGAGACGCUUCGCGAGGAUGCUGCAGAGCACUCCGCAGCGCAGGCACUGACCUAAGGGAGCUAUAAAGGCGGAGGAAGGAACAUGUGGUAGUUAAAUUUUAUCUUUGGUUACGGGCACGAGCUUGGUCUUUAGCUUUCUUCUAUCCUGGAAAGCGCUUCAGUUAUUGUACAGAGUUGGCCUUAUUUAUACCUUUCUAACCCCAGGGUUAUCCAGUUGCAAUAUCUUUAUCCUCUUUUUUAUACGUCUAUAUAUGUAUAUUUAUUUUGUACACACAAAUCGCGACCUUUUUUGUCACAUUCCCCCAUCUGAUUUAGUUUGUAAGUCGAUAGUUUCUGGCACUUUUGUCUGGCAGGAGGCGAGUUUUAGAGCUCUAAAAGCGCCGACCUGCUAAAAAUACGGUUGUAAGCGUAUACUUUAUUGUGCAUUAUUUGUUGUUAAUUAUAAUUUUUGUAAUAAAGUCAUACAAGAA